AUGCAGCAGCAGCACUUUGCUCCGGCGCCGUACAUGAACGGCGGCCACAUCAAAUCAGAGAACGGCUCUGAGCGUGGUGUGUCGCCCCAUCCGUCCGACUCGUCGCGGUACUCGUCACAGCAACCACAGCAGCAGUUGCCUGCAUACCCCCAGAUGGCCGCACAGCACAUGAAUGGCAUGCGCUAUCCCUCGCCGUCACAGAUGCAGGCGCCCAUGCCUAUGCUGAACAACAACAACUACAUCCCCCAACCGCCAGAGCACGCGUACGCGCAACCGCAGCAGCAGAUGCAGGAGCCGGCUCAGCACAAUGGUGGCCGCGCUGCUGGCGAAAAUGGGCCGCCGAAGGCCUUCGCGUGUUCGACAUGUGGUAAAGGCUUCGCGCGACGCAGUGACCUUGCACGUCAUGAACGUAUUCACAGCGGCAUCCGUCCUCACGUGUGCGACUACCCCAACUGCGGCAAGCAGUUCAUCCAGCGCUCCGCUCUGACAGUGCACCAACGCGUUCACACCGGUGAGAAGCCUCACAUGUGCGAGCGAUGUGGAAAGCCUUUCAGCGAUUCCAGCUCCUUGGCCCGCCAUCGCCGCAUCCACUCCGGCAAGCGUCCGUACAAGUGCCCCUACGCCGACUGCCAAAAGACUUUCACGCGUCGCACUACCUUGACUCGUCACCAGAACCAUCACACUGGUACUGUGGAGGAAGCCGCUGCUGCGACAGCUGCUGCCCUUGCGUCUCGUGCGGCCGCUCCCAGCAGGACUGGCCGCUCAGAUGGCGGUGAUUAUUCGGAAACCGCGUCUCCUUUGAACACGCCCUCUCCCAACGACCGCACCCUUUCUCUCUCUCCCGCUAACGGCAUGCCUGCUGGUGUUGUCCCCGCGAUGCACCGCCAGGUCUCUGACUACGCAUACAUGGGUGGUGUCAGUGUCCCUCCUCACAUGCGCAGCGAGAUGCCCCAGCAGAGCCCUCGUGCUUCCCCAGCGUUGACCUCGCAAUCGUACACCUCCAGCGUGAGCAACUCGCGCCCAACAAUCACCUCGCACCCCAGCGCAUAUGGUCCACCGUCCAUUCUUGAGCCCCCUGCGUCUGCCAACCACAACCAGUCCGGCACCAAUAGCGCCAACGGAAGCCCUCAUAUGGCCAAUAUGGGCUGGCAAUCACCUUCUCAGCAGGCUCUCCCUUCGCCAGGAGCUGCCGACAACGGCUACGUAUACCCUGAGCCGCAAUACGGCAACACACAGAACAGCAUGUACUAUCAGAACCACAACAUCCGCCGCCCCAACAGCACCGAGCCGGACCACUACAACCCCAACCAGCAGAGGAUGGGCAAUGAGAUGUGGGCACCUGCUGUGCAAUAG